AUGCAAGUCCGACAAGUUCAGAGCACACCUUUGAUUGAUUCCUUUUCGUCCGUUAGGAUCCUGGGUUCCAGCAAUGGCUUGCUCUGUCUUGCAGGCCAGCAGUCUGAUUUAUCUCCUUCUGCCCUCUUAUUAUGGAAUCCUGCCAUUAGAGAGGUCAGGCAGUUGCCUAGCACCAAAACUACUAUUACUGUUAAGGAUAGUAUCACGGUAGGAUUUGGGUUCAGUCCAAUUCUUAAUGAUUAUAAGAUAGUGCGAACGUAUGCUGAGUCUGGUUAUGCAAUUUCUGGGGUGGAAGUGUAUUCAUUGAGCACAAAUUCAUGGAGAAAAAUAGAAUUUGGGAACUUAGAGGCUGUGCGUCUUCUUCCUUAUGUUGUUUCUGUUAAUGGAAGUAUCUUUUGGCAUGCGUUAGACUUAAAAAAAGAGGUGGGUGAAGAUAGUUUUGAAAUUAUAGUUUCAUUUGACAUAGCAAGAGAAGUGUUUAAAUUGAUACCAUGGCCUGCUUUAUGUUGUCGUACUUGUUUUGGGAUUAGUCGGCUUACUGUGUGGAUUCGUGUGGGAAGAGAUGGAAUUGGAGUAAGGAAAUAUGCUAGUAGCCCUCGUCCAUACAUGUUAUAUCCUGAGUCCAUUUGGAGGAAUGAAAUUGUAGGCGUUGGUUCUGGAAUUUAUAGGCCUUCACUUGCUUGUAUCGGAGAUAUUUUUGACACUGAUCUUGCAAUGCUGAGUGGAACCAAAACUUGGUCUGCAUCUAUUUAA